CUCGGCCACUAGCCUACGACGCAACUUUUACCAACAUACGCACGAAGCCCCUCCUCUUCCUAAGUGUUACGACAAGCAGGAAAACACUGACCGAGGAUGUUUUUCAGAGCAAUAGGCCCCCAACUGGGGCAUCCCACACAAGGCCUAGCCGGGUGGUUCACCUCAAAGAUCCUCGCCUGGCGCAACAGAGUGCUGGAGGAGAGCGCGGUGGCGCUGUGUGACAUCUCCCCUGGGGACACGGUGCUAGAGCUGGGCCACGGCCCGGGACUCGGCCUGGAAGCGGCAGCUCGCCUCCUCACCACACCCAGCGGAUGCCUACUGGGGGUGGACUACUCCGAAUACAUGCACCAGGUGGCAGGUGAGAGGCUAUCGGCACUGGUAGCCAGUGGGAAGGUGAAGCUGCACCACUGUGACGUGGCAGCCAUGCCCAUAGCAGACAGCAUCGUUGACAAGGUGUUCCACUGCAACUGCUAUUACUUCUGGCCCGACCUCAAGAGAGGCGCCGCAGAGAUACACCGUGUCAUGAAAGUAGGUGGCCUCAUGGUGACAACUCUUAGACUUGAGUCCCUGGUUCAAAUUGCACCGCAGCAAGUCUUCACUGGAGAAAGCUGGCGACCAGAGGACUACAUGAAAGCUUUACAGGCCUCUGGCUUCUCCAACGUCAGAAUGGAGGACAGGACCCACAAACACAUCACUUUUCAAGCCAUCUUUGCCACUGCUUCUGAAUGACAGCGCAAGAAAAAACAAAUGUAAAAUGCAAUUGUUAUGUAAAACGUGUUGUAAAUGUAAUAUUAUUGCAUUACAUUACAUUGCAUUUGGCAGACGCUUUAUAACAAAAACGACUUUCAAAAGAGGACAUAA